AAAAUGGGCCCUGAUCCGGAAUGUCAACCAAGUGUUGAAGCCCCCUACGCUGUUGUCGGGGGAUUACGUAUGGAUGGACCUCAAGACAGGGCGGGAAUUUGACGUUCCCAUCGGAGCGGUGGUGAAGCUAUGUGAUUCCGGGCAGAUCCAGGUGGUGGACGAUGAAGGAAACGAGCAUUGGAUCUCCCCACAGAAUGCCACCCACAUCAAACCGAUGCACCCGACCUCUAUCCAUGGGGUGGAGGACAUGAUCCGCCUGGGGGACCUGAAUGAGGCUGGAAUUCUCCGCAACCUGCUGAUACGCUACCGGGAGCACCUAAUCUAUACUUACACAGGCUCGAUACUGGUAGCCGUGAACCCUUAUCAACUGCUCCCAAUCUACUCGCCAGAACAGAUCCGCCUCUACACCAACAAAAAAAUCGGGGAGAUGCCGCCCCACAUCUUCGCCAUAGCAGACAACUGCUACUUCAACAUGCAGAGGAAUAACAAAGACCAGUGUUGCAUUAUAAGUGGCGAGUCUGGAGCAGGGAAGACAGAAAGUACCAAGCUGAUUCUGCAGUUCCUGGCUGCCAUCAGUGGACAACACUCUUGGAUUGAACAGCAGGUUCUGGAAGCCAACCCCAUACUCGAAGCCUUUGGGAACGCAAAGACGAUUCGUAAUGACAACUCCAGCCGGUUCGGUAAAUACAUCGACAUCCAUUUCAACAAGCGAGGGGCUAUUGAGGGAGCCAAGAUUGAGCAGUACCUGCUGGAGAAGUCUCGUGUUUGUCGACAGGCCCAAGACGAGAGGAACUACCACGUGUUUUACUGCAUGCUGAAAGGAAUGACGCCAGAGCAGAAGAAACUUCUGGGUCUCAGGAAAGCAGCUGACUAUAACUACCUCUCAAUGGGCAACUGCAUUACCUGCGACGGCAGAGAUGACAGCAAAGAGUACUCCAAUAUCCGAGCGGCAAUGAAAGUCCUCAUGUUCACCGACACCGAGAACUGGGAGAUCUCCAAGCUGCUGGCUGCCAUCUUGCAUAUGGGGAACUUGCGGUAUGAAGCUCGGACCUACGACAAUCUGGAUGCCUGCGAGGUUGUCCACUCCGCUUCGUUGAUCACUGCUGCUUCCUUACUGGAGGUGGAUCCGCAGGAUCUGAUGAACUGUCUCACCAGCCGGACUAUUAUCACAAGGGGGGAGACUGUCUCCACCCCACUCAGCAUGGAGCAGGCACUGGAUGUCAGGGAUGCUUUUGUAAAGGGAAUCUACGGAAGGCUUUUCGUAUGGAUUGUGGAAAAGAUCAAUGCCGCCAUUUACAGGCCUCCUUCCCACGAACACAAAAGUGUCAGGAGAUCCAUCGGGCUCCUUGAUAUCUUUGGGUUUGAGAACUUCACCGUAAACAGUUUUGAACAGCUCUGCAUUAACUUUGCAAACGAGAACCUCCAGCAGUUCUUCGUGCGCCACGUCUUCAAGCUGGAGCAGGAGGAAUACAACCUGGAGAACAUCAACUGGCAACACAUCGAGUUCACCGACAACCAGGACGCGUUGGACAUGAUCGCUAUCAAGCCAAUGAACAUCAUCUCGCUCAUUGACGAGGAGAGCAAGUUUCCCAAGGGAACAGAUGCCACGAUGCUGUACAAGCUGAACUCCCAGCAUAAGCUUAACACCAACUAUAUCCCACCGAAAAACAACUACGACACCCAGUUUGGCAUCAACCACUUUGCCGGAGUCGUGUACUAUGAAACAAAAGGGUUUCUGGAGAAAAACAGGGACACGCUGCAUGGAGACAUCAUCCAGUUGGUCCAUUCCUCGCGAAACAAAUUCAUCAAACAGAUCUUCCAGGCUGAUGUAGCCAUGGGGGCAGAGACCAGGAAGCGUUCCCCGACUCUCAGCAGCCAGUUCAAGCGUUCUCUGGAGCUGUUGAUGAGAACCCUCAGUGUCUGUCAGCCUUUCUUUGUCCGUUGCAUCAAACCCAACGAGUACAAGAAGCCCAUGUUGUUCGACCGGGAACUCUGUGUCCGCCAGCUGAGGUACUCCGGGAUGAUGGAGACCAUCCGGAUCCGUAGGGCUGGUUACCCCAUCCGCUACACUUUUGUAGAGUUUGUGGACAGGUACCGAGUACUCAUGCCAGGGGUGAAACCAGCAUACAAACAGGGAGACCUGCGUGGAACAUGCCAGCGCAUCGCUGAAGCUGUACUGGGCAAACACGAUGAUUGGCAGAUUGGCAAGACGAAGAUUUUCCUCAAGGAUCACCAUGACAUGCUGCUGGAAAUUGAGAGAGACAAGGCCAUCACGGACAAGGUGAUCCUGAUCCAGAAAGUGGUCCGUGGAUUCAAGGACAGGUCCAAUUUCCUGAAAGUGAGGAAUGCCGCUCUGAUGAUUCAACGAAACUGGAGGGGGCAUAAUUGUCGAAGAAACUAUGGUGCUAUGAGAAUCGGCUUCCUGAGGCUGCAGGCCCUCUACCGCUCCCGCAAGCUCCACAAGCAGUACCACAUGGCUCGCAAGUGCAUCAUUGAGUUCCAGGCGAGAUGCCGGGGCUUCCUGGUGCGCCAAGCUUUCCGCCACCGGCUCUGGGCCGUCUUCACCAUCCAGGCCUACGCCAGGGGGAUGAUCGCGCGCCGCCUCUACAAGCGCUUGAAGGGAGAGUACUACCGCCGUCUGGAAGCAGAAAAGCUGCGUCUGCUGGAAGAGGAGAGACUCCGGAAGGAAAUGAGUGCCAAAAAAGCCAAGGAGGAAGCCGAAAAGAAACACCAAUUACGCCUGGCCCAGUUAGCUCAAGAAGAUGCCGAAAGGGAAGUCAAGGAAAAAGAGGAAACCCGCCGGAAGAAGGAGCUGUUGCAGAAAAUGGAGAAGGCCCGAAACGAACCCGUGAAUGACUCCGAGAUGGUGGACAAAAUGUUUGGAUUCCUGGGAACAACAGCUUCUUUGCCUGGCCAAGAAGGACAGGCGCCUAACGGCUUCGAGGAUCUUGAGAGAGCUCAAAAGGAGCUGGAGGAAGAUGACUUGGACACAGCCUUGCCCUUGCCCGAGGAAGAGGAGGAAGACCUCUCAGAGUACAAAUUUGCAAAGUUUGCUGCCACGUACUUCCAGGGCACGACUACACACACAUACAUACGCCGGCCUCUCAAGCAGCCACUCCUGUACCAUGAGGAUGAAGGAGACCAGCUGGCAGCUCUCGCGGUGUGGAUCACUAUCCUUCGCUUCAUGGGGGACCUUCCUGAACCCAAAUAUCACACAGCAAUGAGCGAUGGCAGCGAGAAGAUCCCAGUGAUGACCAAAAUCUAUGAGACGUUGGGGAAGAAGACGUACAAAAAGGAACUUCAAGCCCUGCAAAGCGAAGGAGAGAGCGCUCACAUUGACAGCCACAAGAAGAACAGCGUGCGGCACAAACUGGUGUCCUUGACACUCAAGAAGAAAUCCAAGUUAACGGAAGAGGUAACCAAACGUCUUCACGAUGGUGAGUCCACCGUCCAAGGCAACAGCAUGCUUGAAGACCGACCGACCUCCAACCUGGAAAAGCUGCAUUUCAUUAUUGGUAAUGGCAUCCUCAGGCCAGCAUUAAGGGAUGAAAUUUACUGUCAGAUCUGCAAACAACUGACCCAAAACCCUUCCAAAAGCAGCCAUGCUCGGGGGUGGAUCCUCAUGUCCUUAUGUGUCGGAUGCUUCGCCCCUUCGGAAAAGUUUGUCAAGUAUUUGAGGAACUUCAUCAAUGGAGGCCCUCCAGGUUACGCGCCUUAUUGCGAAGAGAGGCUGCGGAGGACAUUUGCCAAUGGAACACGGACUCAGCCACCAAGCUGGCUAGAACUUCAGGCAACCAAAUCUAAGAAGCCCAUCAUGUUGCCUGUUACAUUUAUGGAUGGGACGACUAAGACCCUCUUGACAGACUCUGCAACAACAGCCAAAGAGCUCUGUAACUCCCUGGCGGACAAGAUCAGCCUGAAGGAUCACUUUGGGUUCUCGCUUUACAUUGCUCUCUUCGACAAGGUCUCUUCCCUUGGAAGUGGCAGUGACCACGUCAUGGAUGCGGUGUCUCAGUGCGAGCAAUAUGCCAAAGAGCAGGGGGCCCAGGAACGUAACGCUCCCUGGAGGCUUUUCUUCAGGAAGGAGAUCUUCACACCUUGGCACAACCCCAACGAAGACAAUGUGGCAACAAACCUCAUUUAUCAACAGAUAGUGAGGGGGGUGAAGUUUGGGGAAUACCGCUGCGAUAAGGAAGAAGACUUGGCAGAAUUGGCUUCCCAGCAAUACUACGUGGAUUACGGGUCCGAGAUGGUCUUGGAGCGGCUGCUGAACUUGAUCCCUUCGUACAUCCCAGACAGAGAGAUCACGCCUUCGAAAACCGUAGAGAAGUGGGCUCAGUUUAUCAUAGCUGCCCACAAAAAGGGAAUCUAUACCCAGAAAAGAGCAGAUCCCAAAAAAGUCAAGGAAGAGGUGGUGGAUUUUGCUCGCUACAAGUGGCCUUUGCUGUUCUCCAGGUUCUAUGAAGCUUUCAAAUUCUCAGGUCCCAGCCUACCCAAAAACGAUGUGAUUGUAGCUGUGAACUGGACGGGAGUGUACUUUGUGGAUGAACAAGAACAGGUCCUCCUGGAACUUUCCUUUCCAGAGAUCACUGCUGUCUCCAGCAGUAGAGGGGGGAAACUGCAAGGGCAGAGCUUCACCUUGGCCACCAUCAAAGCCGACGAAUACACGUUCACCUCCAACAAUGCAGAAGACAUCCGGGACCUUGUGGUAACAUUUCUGGAAGGGCUGAGGAAGCGAUCCAAGUUCGUGGUCACGCUCCAAGACAACCCAAAUCCCACAGGUGACGAAUCGGGCUUCCUCAGCUUUCUCAAAGGAGACUUGAUCGUCCUGGACCAGGACACAGGAGAGAUCGUGAUGAACUCUGGCUGGGCCAACGGAGUCAAUGACAGGACGAAGCAGAAAGGAGACUUUCCGACAGAUUCGGUUUACGUCCUGCCCACUGUCACCAUGCCUCCGCCGGAGAUUGUGGCCUUGGUUACGAUGACACCGGACCAGAGGCAGGACGUCAUCAGGACAGCCCAGCUGGUGAUGUCUGACAGCGAAGAGAGGAUGAAGCCGUAUACCCUGGAAGAGUUCUCCUACGAUUAUUUUAGGCCUCCUCCCAAGCACACCCUAAGCAGGGUCAUGAUCACCAAAAACCGAGGGAAAGACAAGAUGUGGUCCUACACCCGGGAACCUCUCAAGCAGCCCUUGCUGAAGAAGAUCCUGGGCAGUGAGGAGCUCUCGCAAGAAGCCUGCAUGGCCUUCAUUGCCGUCCUGAAGUAUAUGGGUGACUAUCCGUCCAAAAGAACCCGCUCAGUGAACGAGCUAACAGACCAAAUAUUCGAAGGGGCCUUGAAAGCUGAACCCCUCAAAGACGAGAUUUAUUCGCAAAUCCUGAAGCAGCUCACCGACAACCACAUUAAGUACAGUGAAGAGAAAGGGUGGGAGCUGCUUUGGUUGUGUACAGGCCUUUUCCCUCCUAGCAACGUCCUCCUGCCCCACAUCCAGCGGUUUGUCCAGUCUCGGAAGCAGCACCCGCUCGCGACUGACUGCAUGCAGAGGCUACAGAAAGCUCUGAGGAAUGGAUCUCGGAAAUACCCUCCCCACUUGGUAGAAGUUGAGGCAAUUCAGCACAAAACAACUCAGAUUUUCCAUAAAGUGUACUUCCCGGAUGACACCGAUGAGGCGUUUGAAGUGGAAUCGAGCACCAAAGCCAAGGACUUCUGUCAGAACAUCUCCAACCGGCUGCUGCUGAAGUCGUCGGAGGGUUUCAGCCUCUUCGUCAAAAUCUCUGACAAGGUCAUCAGUGUACCAGAAGGGGACUUCUUCUUUGAUUUUGUCAGGCACCUGACAGACUGGAUCAAGAAAGCCAGACCAGCAAAAGAUGGGAUUGUGCCUUCUCUCACCUACCAAGUGUUCUUCAUGAAAAAGCUCUGGACAAACACUGUGCCUGGAAAGGAUACGAUGGCCGACUCCAUCUUCCACUACUAUCAGGAAUUACCAAAGUACCUUCGUGGCUACCAUAAGUGCAGCCGAGAAGAUAUCCUUCAGCUGGGAGCCCUGAUCUAUAGGGUGAAAUUUGAAGACGACAAGUCCUACUUCCCCAGCAUCCCUAAACUCCUCAAGGAGCUGGUGCCUGAGUCUCUCAUUCGGCAGUUAUCUCCAGACGACUGGAAGAGGUCCAUCGUGGCCUAUUUCAACAAGCAUGCAGGCAAAACAAGAGAAGAAGCCAAACUUGCCUUCCUCAAGAUUGUAUUCAAGUGGCCUACCUUUGGAUCAGCUUUCUUUGAAGUGAAGCAAACAACGGAUCCAAAUUACCCAGAACUCCUUCUGAUUGCCAUCAACAAGCAUGGUGUCAGCCUCAUCGAUCGCAAAACCAAGGAUAUUCUCAUCACUCACCCCUUCACCAAGAUCUCCAACUGGAGCAGCGGCAAUACCUACUUCCACAUCACCAUCGGCAACUUGGUACGAGGAAGCAAACUGCUCUGUGAGACUUCGCUGGGCUACAAGAUGGAUGACCUCUUGACUUCUUACAUUAGCCAGAUGCUGACAGCGAUGAGUAAGCAGAGGAGCGCGAAAGGCAGCAAGUGAACUGAGAGAAAACACUGGCCAGUGGGUCUGGAACUGCCCUGUCAGCUGAGGGCCGUGGGUUAUCCCUGCAGUUGGGGAAAGACCUUCUCCACCCAUGUGUGGAAGAUGAGCCGGACUCCUUCAGAAAGCCCAUCAGACUCUGACUCUGAGGACUGCGGCCUGACAUCCCCGUCAAGUGAGGAUGACUAUCUGUGAGAACGGACUUCCAUCGUCCCUCGCCCCUUCUUUUCCCCCUCUCUUGUUCUGGAUUUAAACCUCAACGCUUCUUCUUUCACACUGCGGUACAGCAAAACUCCAGUGUCGUGUUUUUAACGUGGAACCAAAAUGGCGGGAGUUGCCAAGGCCUAUGGGGGAAAAGGCUGCUUUCAGCUUCUUUCAAGGUCUUUAGAGGCAGGAACCAGCAAAGAGGUUUACGGGCCCAGCCCUGUGCUAGAAACUGGGGGGAAAUCAUUAAAAUAUAUUUGAUUCAGGGACUGAACAUUUCUGAGAGAAGGAAAAUUGAAGACUUUUUUUUUUUGGUUCGUUUUUAAAAUACUAGAUAUAAAAGGUUGGAGGAAAGACACGCAUUUCGCAAAAGGAAGAAAGGAAAAGGCGUCGUGAUGAUGGAACAAGAUGGAACAUACCUGGGCAAAAAAAGAGCUGAAAUGUGCAGCUGGACUUAUUUUAAGGAGGCUUGGUUUUACAGUGGUUUGUUUUGUAUUCCUUUUAUUUAACAUGUGGUGGUGGGCUGGCUUUUCUCAGUCGGUAGAGACGUAGAGACCUCUUUGGAGAACGUUUCUGACCAAAUUUGCCUCUUCUUUCAUGAGGAAAUCCAGUAGAAAGACCAGAUCUCAUAGGUAUGUUUAACAUUGUGUCUGGAGUUCCCUUGUCUUGAGUUGGAGGCAAAAAGUAAGCAUCGAAAACCGAAAGCUAUAAAUUCUGGUGGUUCCUUCCAGGUAUCGCCUGUGGAGAUCUAAAUGGUGUAUUAUGCUAGACUAAACAAUAGAGGUAAUAGAAUGGAGGCUGAAUUUCCAUUCUAGCAUUGAAUGGAAUUUUGCCAGAGGGUGAUGGGGGGAGCUAUGCAAAAGUCUUCUCAUUUGAAUUGGCAAAAAAAAUAUGUAAAUAUAAGUUCAUCCAAUUUGAAUUACCAGUUAUGGAUGCUAUGAGUUUUAGGAGGGUCAGAGGAGAAGGUGUAAAAAGUAUUGUAAGUUGAUAGUUAGCAUUUGCACCUUAAAAUUCAAAGGAGGAGGAGGAAGAGGAGGAGAAGAAGGAGGAGGAUUUAAGGGCUGGAUCUACACGAGUCUUAUAACGUUGCUAGUGUCCCUUUCUAACGUGGUUCUCUGUAUCGGUUCUCUGUAGCUGUAACGUUACUGCAGGGCACAUUGGUAAAUCCUUUCGUUGCUGGGUUUGCUCCACCCACUGCCUGCCUCAU